AUGCUGACCAAGCUGGUGGUGGCUAUGGCCGCUGUGGCCGCGACUGUGGCCCAGGCCGAGACGAUCUUCCGCGAGACGUUUGACGACGCCGACUGGGAGAGCCGCUGGGUGGCCUCGACGUGGAAGCCCGCGGCCGAGGUGGGCAAGUUCGAGCAGGUGGUGGGCAAGCACUACGUGGAGGAGGGCGACAAGGCCAUCAAGACGAGCGAGGACGCGCGCUUCUACGCUCUGUCGGCCAACCGCGGAACUCUAACUGUGUUAGUACUGGAACAGCAUCGAUAA